AUGGCUGUGAAUCCUCUGGAGGGUCUCAUGUCGGUGGCUGUGGACCAGCAGCUGGGGUCUAGCUCCACAGCAGAGCUGCCCUCUGCAGGCCCUCUUCCAGCAUCUGCACCCGGACACAGGCACAGCGUGCCCAGCAGCCGGGAGCACAGGAAAUGGCUGCAGGCUGCAUGUGGGUACAGGUCAAACCCUGCUUCUGGUUCUGGUUCCGUGGUCCAAGGGAGGUUGCUCAGGAAUCAACACUCCCCAGAAAAUGCAGCGCGAGAGAGGAGUCGCGUGCGCAACCUGCGGCAGGCCUUCCACAGUCUGCAGGCAGCUUUACCUUCAGUUCCACCUGACACCAAGCUCUCCAAGCUGGAUGUACUGGUUCUGGCCACCAACUACAUAGCAUACCUGACAGAGACGCUGGAUCAGGGUGGGACCGUGGCUGAGCACACUCUGUCCCCCCGGCCAGGUGGAUACCUGCAUCCUGUUAAGAAGUGGCCCAUGCGUUCCCUCCUCUACUGCGGCGCUGUGGGAGAGCUGUUAUCAGCCAAUCAGAUGCCUGCGCCUGGUCGGGACAGGACACAUUCUCUGACCUCGGAUGAACAAUGAUAGCACAAGUGGACAUUUAACUCUCGUCUCAGUCUUCUGACUCCAGUCUCUAC